CCAACCAACCAGAAAAGAAUGAAAUACGUAAUGAAGAAAGUGAGUACAAGAAAAAUGAAAAAUCAUCAUUAAGCAACUCGAAGCAAACGUGCAGAUUUUUCUCAGUCUCUGCUAUUAUCCAAUCAGAUACUGACACGCUGACAUAUCAAACACUAUUCUAUUAUUUAGUACUAGUAAUUGUUAUUUUUACAUAUUUUAUUUCGAAAUAUUUAUAAAAUUAAAAACCAAACCAAACCGAACCAAACAAAUCUCGAUCGCGCUCUUCACAAAAUCGCUCUUCGUUUCUUUCAAAUUUCAACUCAAAUUUCAAUUCCACCGAUUUUCCCUCAAUUUCUCCUUUUCCUCUCAACAAUUUCCCCCCCAAUUCUCACUCCAGCUAUUUGUUAGGGUUUUUUCACUUUCCACUUCAAACUUACACACUAUGCGUUUUCGCUUCACUUUCCAUCGAUCUUCCACUUCAUCGAUUAUCCACAAGUUAGUUCUUGUGAGUUUAUGAUUUCACCGUUAAAUUUCGUUUUUCCCACAAUUUUCGAGCUAUUCGGUGUCUGGUUCGGUUGAUUUUGGAGAAGGUGGAAUUAGGGUUUGUAAAGAGGGGUUUUACGGUAUCCAAAAAAAAGAGAGGGAUUUUUACGAAGUUGGUAUGAUUUGUGUACUUUUGGGUGUUUUUGUGGACGGGGAUUGAGAUUUAGGCAGUGUUUGGUGUUGAUUUUAGGAAUUGGGAAUUUGUGAAGUGUAGUGAAUAUGUUUUACUCUCAGUUUAUUUUGGCGAAGAAAGGUCCGCUUGGGACAAUAUGGAUAGCUGCACAUUUAGAGAGGAAGCUCCGGAAGAAUCAGGUGGCCGAUACUGACAUCGGCGUCUCGGUUGAUUCCAUUCUUUUUCCUGAAGUACCAAUUGCACUCCGUUUAUCCAGUCAUCUUCUGCUUGGUGUGGUAAGGAUAUAUUCUAGAAAGGUGAAUUACCUUUUCGAUGAUUGUAGUGAAGCCUUGCUUAAGGUAAAGCAAGCUUUCCGCUCUGCUGCAGUUGAUUUGCCUCCUGAAGAAUCCACUGCACCAUACCAUUCCAUCACCCUACCCGAGACUUUUGAUCUUGAUGAUUUUGAACUGCCAGAUAAUGACAUUUUUCAAGGAAACUAUGUUGAUCGCCAUGUCAGUUCAAAGGAGCAGAUUACACUGCAAGAUACUUUGGAGGGCAUGGUUUACAAAACAUCACAGUUUGGAUUGGAUGAGCGCUUUGGAGAUGGCGAUGCUUCUCAAAUUGGAUUAGACCUUGAUGAGGUUAUGUUAAACAAAGACGCCACUUUGGAGCAUGAUGACUUCAGUGCUAAUCCUCAAGUGUCUCAUCAAGAAGACGAAAACAAGGAGGAGGUUAUGUUAAUAGAUGCCACUUUGGAACAUGAUGACUUCAGUGCUAACCCUCAUGUAUCUCAUCAAGAAGAUGAAAUGAAAGAGGAGGUGAGUGGAACUUCAGAUAGAAUGCAAGUAGAAGACAGUGGAAGCAAGAAUGAUUUGAUUGAUGGCUUACCUACUACUGCUGAAUUCCAUGAAUAUGCUCAAGGUCCAUCUACUCCAGGACUACAGGAGCAAAACUUGUUUGGUACUCAGGCAGAUCAGGUCAUUAAUGAAGCCGAUUUUCAUAAUUCAGCAGAUUUAUUAUCAAUGGAGACGGCACAAAAUGAAUCUUGUGCUCAUCAAACAGAGAACGAUGUAAUUGGUUGCUCCUUGCAAAAUAAUGGGAAGCAUGUUGGUGUAGAUUUGCAUCAUGAGGAUAGCGACUGUGUUAUGACUGAAGUGGAUAGCAAAAGAGAGGAACAAGAGCAUUUCACAAGUACAGUUGUGAUGAAGGAUCAGGAAAAUUUGAUACCCAAUAAUCAUUGCUUAGCAUCUGUACCCUUGAUGGACUCCUCCAAUAAAGAUCACACAACCUCUGUGUUACCAGAUUGUGCAGGUGGGUUGAUUGAUGCUUCUGGUAUACUUGAGAAGGUGGAAAACUUAAAUGAUGGAGUUCUGUUGAACACUGAACCAGUUAUGUCCACUUUGAACGGAACUGUUGUUGUUUCUGGCAGUGUUGGCAUAAAUGAUACUAUUGUGUCUCCUAGCUGUUCUCAUGUUACAUCUGUUCAAGAGGGCCUCUCAUGUAAACUGUUGUCUAUCGUGGAUGGAUCUCAUGGUUCUGAAUUUUAUGGUCAUUUGGUAGAUGAUAACACAUUGACAAAGCAUGAAGUUUCGAAUAACAGUGAUAUUUCUAAGAAUGAGGAGCAACCUUGUAAUAACAGUGAAAUUUCUAAGAAUGAGGAGCAACCUUGUGUGGUUGAUGAGGCUCAAGUAUCCAACAUCGUAAGUCCUCUAGAAUCAUCUGGUAGACCAGAAGUUGUUGAAGUGGAAGCUCGGGCAUCUCAAGAACUGAAUGGAGCAGAUGUUUCAAACCAUGUAUCUCAUGAAGCAGAGCAGCCCACCGAGUCACUCCUUCGGCCAUGCACCUCCCGUAUAAACCAUCCUUCUCUGUUAUCUAUUGAAGGUGAUAAAUGUCAUGAAACUGAUGUUUCAGAUCCUACUUUGGGUUAUCAUGACACUGUAGAGCCAUCUGCGUGUGAAGGAAACAUGGACAUGGAGCAAUCAGGCAUGCACACUGGUAGUCAGAUAAUAAGCAAUGAAAUGGAAAGUGUAAACAAAUCUACUGCUUCUGACAUACCUGAGACUGAAAAAAUGCUCUCUGUAGCUCAUCAACAUGAUGGUGAGAUGAAUCAUUUGCUACUGGAGUCUACUCCAGGCAAUCAGGGUAUACCUGGAGGUCAUACAGAGGCUGCAGGAGUAACAUCAAUGUCUGGUAAAAAGCGCAGCUACACAGAAAGUACUCUUACAGUGCAAAGCAUGGAUUUAGUCGAAUCAUAUGGUGGGGCUCAAUCCAAAAGAACUGCUGUGUCUAUUCCUGAUGAUGAUGAUUUAUUGUCUUCAAUAUUAGCUGGUAGAAAUUCUUCAGCAUUAAAAGUUAAACCAACUCCAGCAGCCCCUCGAAUACCAUCAACAAAGCGGUUUCGUUCUACACCACACACUAGCACCAUAAAGAGGAAGGUGCUUAUGGAUGAUAUGAUGGUCUUGCAUGGCGAUACAAUACGCCAACAGUUGACAAGUACUGAAGACAUACGUCGCAUACGGAAAAAAGCUCCUUGCACACGUGAUGAGAUUUUAAUGAUUCAAAGACAGUUUCUGGAGGAUAAAAUUUUCCAUCAACCAAUAUUUACAGAUGUGUCUGCUGAUUUGACUAUUCUGCAAAAUGAGACAUUUGAUCUAAGUGGAAUCAAGGUUGAUUGUGGUUUAGAUAGCUUUUCUGUGGAAAAAGCAAACGACCAAGAGUCCCAUUCCAAAACAAAUGCUGAAAUUCAUGUGGUGGAAGAACAUAAUGAGGCUAUAGCAGCCCAGCCCCAAGAAGAUGCUGAAGUGUCCUAUUCUAAAACAAAUGCUGAAAUUCAUGGGGUGGAAGCGCAUAAUGGGCCUAUGGCAGUCCAACAUCAAGAAGAUGCUGAAGAGUCCUAUUCUAAAACAAAUGCGGAAAUUCACGGGGUGGAAGUACAUAAUGAGCCUAUGGCAGUCCAACCCCAAGAAGAUGCUGAAGCUCAACCCACUGAGAUACCUGUUCCGUCUGAGAGUCAUCAGUCUGAUGCUAAUGCACAUACAAAUAUUAUUUCUGACGCGAAGGAGCUUGACAGUUCUCAAAAUGCUGAAAUGAGCAAUGCUGGAGGAAAUUUUGAGAUUUCUGUAGCAGAGAAUUACUCUGUUGUCCCUGGGAAUGAAACUUUAUCCCUAACUGAAGUCUUUGAAAAUGAGCUUCGUAUGCGAAAUGAUUUUGAUGCAUCACGGCCUCUCAUUGAUAAAACCAAUGAUCUUGAUGGUUCUAUCGAUACAAAUGCGUUGAGCAUUCCAACCUCCGAGAAAAUGGAUACAUUUGAUAUUUUUGCGGGUGAGUUUGUGGAGGAUCAACGUGAUAGAAGUGAUGCAGGUGCUAUUGAAAUUACAGAGCAUGCCAUGGAAAUUAGAACACAAGUUGAAACAGAUGGCUUGGAAGCUGAUAAUUUAUGUGCAUCCUUGGCUACCGGCUCUAAGGAAGCUAAUGAAUAUACUGACAACCAGGUUUCCGUUAAUGAGGACGUACCUAUGGAGGAAAAUGGGAACAGCAUUCUAGGAGGCUUGAAUGAGGAUCAAAUUAAUUCUUCUGGCUUGGGAUGUGAUGACAAGGAUGCAAAGUCUGGCGGCUUAUUUAGUGAAAAUAUUGAAGUAGAUUGUUUACAUUCUGUAGCACUUGUGGAUGUAAAAGAAAGUUCUCUGAAUGAUGGGGAAAAUCCACUCUGCCAAGAACCUGCAUUACAAAAUACAAUGCAUCCUGAUGUCUCGGCUAUUAGGAGUCCUUUUGUGGAUCAGAAUAAUGAAAACGAUAUGGCUGGCAAUGACACAGGAUUUUUGAAUGUUGGGGAUGAUGAGAUAAUUGAUGAGGAGGAUGAUGCUGCUGAUGGUUUUGCACCGGGUGCUGAAGGAACACACCUAGAGAAUAGUGGAUGGUCUUCUCGAACCAGGGCUGUUGCUAAGUAUCUGCAGACGUUGUUCGAUAAGGAAGAUCUACAUGGAAGGCAGAACCUGCAUCUUGACAAUAUAUUAGCCGGUAAAACACGGAAGGAAGCAUCAAGGAUGUUUUUCGAAACACUGGUUCUCAAGACAAGGGACUAUGUUCAUGUAGAACAGCCAAAACCCUUUGGCAAUAUUAUCUUACAACCUCGAGCAAAGCUUAUGAAGACAGAUUUCUGAAACCUUGUCUAGGAGUGGCUGAUAUAGAGACAAAGAUCCAUGCAAUGAUAGAGUUUGGUCUGCAGGGUUGGGAUAAUGUUUUCACAUCACUCCCUGAUUUUAGUUAAUGGUUUUUCAUUAAUAAUUUUUUGGAGAUAUAAUUUAGCUGUUUAGUUUUUACUUCUUUAAUGGCUGGGGGGUUGAAAUGGUUCAUGUAUCAUUUCAUCCUAUUGAUUAUUCUAGGGCUUAAUGUAUAUUUCUGUAAAAUAUAUCAUCUCAUCAGUAGCUUACUGGCGCUAAUUGUAAACGCAUCCCUCCAUGCAAGAAUUCUGUUUUAUCUAGGCAUUAGUUGUUUUACUAAAAGUUCCUUGUAAUUUAUAUAGCGAUGGAUAAGGAUCGUCAUUUAUGUACCUAUUUUAUUUGUAUAGUAUCUAACUUCUUUUAUCGACGGUA